AUGAAAAGGGAAAACAGCCUUGUUCUCUUCUUUUUCAUCGUCUUGAUCUUGAUGAAAGUCGGACAAGGACAGAAUACGGCAACUGAUGUUAAAGUGGGAAUCGUGAACGAUGUCGGAUUGGCACACUCCAACACGACCUUGCUCUGUAUCAACAUGUCUCUCUCUGAUUUCUACUCUUCUCAUCCAAAAACCCGGACAAGGCUUGUAACCACCAUUGUUGACUCCAAAAACGAUGUUGUUACUGCAGCAGCAGCAGCUCUUGAUCUGAUAACAAACAAGGAAGUGAAAGCGAUCCUAGGGCCAUGGACUUCGAUGCAGGCUCAAUUCGUGAUUGAGAUGGGACAAAAAUCUCAGGUGCCGAUUCUUUCAUAUUCUGCAACAAGUCCCUUCCUAGCCUCCAUACGUAGUAAAUACUUCUUUCGGGCUACAUAUGAUGAUUCAUCUCAAGUGCACGCCAUUAAAGCAAUCAUCAAACUUUUUGGGUGGAGAGAGGUUGCACCUGUGUACGUUGACAACACCUUCGGAGAAGGUAUAAUGCCUCAUCUUACCGAUGCGCUGCAAGAGAUUAACGUUCGUAUACCAUAUAGGACAGUGAUCUCUCCCAAUGCCACGGAUGAUGAAAUAUCAGUGGAACUUCUCCGAAUGAUGACUCUACCCACUAGAGUAUUUGUUGUCCACAUUGUUAGAUUCCUUGCCUCAAGAUUUUUUGCCAAAGCUAAGGAAAUCGGUUUGAUGAAACAAGGUUAUGUUUGGAUCCUAACAAACGCGAUAACCGAUGUUCUGAGUAUCAUGAACGAGACAGAAACUGAAACAAUGCGAGGGGUAUUGGGUGUAAAGACUUAUGUCCCAAGAUCCGAAGAGCUUGAAACGUUUAGAACUCGGUGGAAGAAGAGAUUCCCGAUUUCCGACCUGAGCGUGUAUGGAUUGUGGGCUUAUGAUGCCACCACUGCACUGGCAAUGGCCAUCGAAGAAGCUGGGACAUCAAAUUUGACUUUUGUCAAGACAGAUGCCAUGAGGAACAUGUCUGAACUUCAAAAUCUAGGUGUAUCUCAAUAUGGUCCAAAACUUCUCCAGACACUUUCUAGAGUUCGGUUCAAAGGACUUGCUGGUGAUUUCCAAUUAAUCAAUGGAGAACUGCAGCCUUCGGUGUUUGAGAUUGUUAACGUGAAUGAGCACGGAGAAAGCACCUUAGGAUUCUGGACCAAAGAACAUGGUCUUUUGAAGAACGUAGACCAAAAACAAGGUACCGCGACCACUUUCUCUUCUUGGCAAGAUCGCCUCAGACCAAUUCUAUGGCCUGGAGAUACCAACUCUGUACCCAAAGGAUGGGAGAUCCCAACAAAUGGGAAAAGGCUGAAGAUUGGAGUCCCAACUAAUAGCGGAUUCGAUGAAUUUGUUAAGGCUACAAGAGAUCCUAUCACCAAUUCAACAAUUUUCAGUGGAUUCUGCAUCGACUACUUCGAGGCUGUUAUUAAAGCGAUGCCCUAUGAUGUUUCCUAUGACUUUAUUCCGGUAGAAGAUGUCGAUUAUGAGACUUUAGUCUACCAAGUGUAUCUCGGGAAAUAUGAUGCUGUGGUGGCAGAUACAACAAUAUCGGCAAAUAGGUCAAAGUAUGUUGACUUCUCAUUGCCAUACACACCAUCAGGUGUAGGUCUGGUCGUCCCUGUUAAAGACCAUGUUAAAAGAAGCAGCACCAUAUUUCUGAUGCCUUUGACAUGGGUGCUUUGGCUAAUCAGCCUUGUGUCCUUUUUCAUUGUUGGCCUUGUCGUAUGGGUUCUUGAACACAGGGUAAACCCAGAUUUUGCUGGGCCUGGAGAGUAUCAAAUAAGCACCAUUUUCUGGUUUGCUUUCUCCAUUAUGGUCUUUGCGCCGAGAGAAAGAGUGCUUAGCUUCUGGGCAAGACUCGUGGUUAUCAUUUGGUACUUCUUAGUACUUGUGUUGACUCAGAGUUACACAGCUAGUUUGGCAUCGCUUCUUACAUCACAACAGCUUCAUCCAACGAUAACCAACAUAAAUAGCUUGCUGGCAAAAGGAGAACAUGUGGGAUAUCAAAAGAGUACCUUCAUUUUGGAAAGACUCAGAGAAUCACGUUUCUCAGAUGCUAAUCUCAAAACCUAUGGGUCUCUAGAAAACUGUGACAAGCUACUGAGCAAAGGACCAGCAAAGGGUGGAAUUUCUGCUGUUUUCAUGGAAGUGCCGUAUGUGAGACUUUUUCUCGGACAACACUGUAAUAAGUAUAAAAUGGUUCAAACACCAUUCAAGGUUGAUGGAUUAGGCUUCGUCUUUCCCAUUGGAUCUCCUCUAGUGGCUGAUGUUUCAAGGGCCAUUCUAAAAGUGGAAGAGUCGAACAAGGCAAUCCAACUCGAGAACUCAUGGUUCAAGAAAACUGAUGAAAGUUGCCCAGAUCCACUCACCAACCCCAACCCAAAUCCAGAUGAAUCCUUCCGCCAACUCGGCUUUGAUAGUUUUUGGGUGUUGUUUCUUGCUGCCGCCACAGCUUGUGCUAUAGCAUUGGGGAAAUUUGUGUUUCAUUUCUUGAAGGAGAAGCCAGAUCAAAGAAACCCACCACGACCAUUGUGGGAUAGAUUCCUUGAGCCAGAUCAAAAUUCAUACAUAAACAAAGUGACGAAACGUGAAUUCUCCUCAAUCCCAAGCGUGCCAGAGAAUAAACCUGAAGAAGCAAACUCAUCAAACAAUGGCAGUCAAAACUAG